AUGUCGCGCUCUGACCUGCCGGCUCCGCACCCGAAUCCGCUGGUCGAUCAGGAGCCUGGGCCAUCAGGUCUUCGGUACUACAAGGAUGACUCUGAGAAGAAGAAGCGAGAAGCGCAAGCCGCAAGGAAGGAUAAUAUCAAGGAUAUGCGCAAGCUUUACGAUGCUAUCCACGCUGGCGAGGACAUCUAUCAAAACCCGGAAAUGCUUCAGCGUCUUCAGAAGUUUAAACAAGUGCAGGCUGGAGUCAAGAAGACAUUGCAACAGCUCGACUUGUCGGUCAAGGAGGAGUCGACGACCAACAAAAUGACC